CUGCAGCAGGGCGCCGGCGCAGUUGUGACGCAGCAGCCAGGCCUCUAGCAGCGUGCGACGCAGUCCUGCCUUUCGGCGAGAAUAGCAGAGAAAGAAUCGUCCGCAAUGGAAGCGGUUAAGGACAUCACGGAGACGGCGGCCGUGGACCUGGGCGGCCACCUCGACGCAGGGGACGACGCCGUGGUGACGGUCGUGGCAGGCGGGACCGCCGCCGCUGCCACCACGACCACCACCACCACCACAACUUGCCAGACACCUGCUGCUGCGCGGCCCACGACUCCUCCACCUGAUGAGGCCACUGUCUCUCGAAUGCGGAGGCUCUCUGGAAAGGAGAGAAACAUGAAGCUGAUAGAGGUGGCCGAGCGGGGGGCAGUGGGGGAGCUGAGGGCACUGCUCGCUGCAGGGGUCGAGGUGAGCGCGAGGGAUGACGAUGGGAAGACGGCCCUGCACUGGGCCGCAGGGGCGGGAAGCGUCGAGGCGGCGAGGCUGCUGGUGGCGGCUGGGGCGGCAGUGGACGCCAGGGACAACUUGCAACAGAUGACACCUCUGCACUGGACUGCAGUGUGUGGCAACGUGGCUACGGCGCGGCUGCUACUGUCGGCGUCCGCCAACCCCAACGCCAGGGAUAGCGGUGGGUGGACGCCGCUGCACUUCGCGGCAUGCUGCAACCGCACAGACAUGGCGGCGGCGCUGCUCGAGGCGGGGGCCGAUAGGGGCGCCAGAGAUCGUGGUGGGUGGACACCGCUAUGCUUCGCCAGGCAGUGGAACAACAUGUGGCUGAUGGAGAUGCUGUCAUGAGGCAGCCAGUCCAACAAAC